AUGGAUCCAACGGAUCGCCGUGUCUUGCGGGGUCCGACGGUGACACUGACUGUCUCUUUCUUCAACCUCUCACUGACACCCUCCCAAUCCAACCUCUCUCUCUCUCUCUCCUUCUUCUCUUUCUCUCCUUUGCUCUCCUCCCUCUUUUUUUCUCCCUAUUCUUGUGAGACUCUCGGAAGCUUGUCCUCCAUAUUGUAGUCUCUUCUCUCCGUGUCUCUCUCACUCUCCUCCUCUCCUACUACUACCAUCUACCCUGCAGCUAGCCUUCCAGUCCGAUUGGAUCGGUGAUCUGGUCCCCGAAGUGCUACUGCUCGUUGUCAGCCUGCUUGAAACUCCUUCCAUAAUUCAUUCUACCCCUUCGUAUCCGUUGUUGCUGUCGUUCUAGAAAGCUUCCCAUAUUGCCUGUGCGCCUGGUCUUCCAGUGAUUCCAAGCUUCUCUUGUUUGACUUCCUUCCCCUCAAGCCUCUUGCGUUUCGAUGAGGUUUUGGUUCAACUUCACUGGGAACUCAAGAACCCAGAAUUCAGGCUCGGCUGGGAGUUGGUCCGACUAAGGAGAGUCCGGGAA